AUGAGCUAUUCUUGUGCCAGCAGAGGCAACAGCCAGGACCCGUCCAGCGCUAAGAAGAAGCCCGCCGGUCCUAAUCCGGGAAGUUACGGCGGCGGAGCCACCAGAGGCACCAGCGAAACCACCGGCACCAGUGACCCGAGCGGUGCGAGCCAGGCCAACCCCAAGCAAGCGGCGGCGAUGAAAGUGAAGAAAGGCUGCAACUCCGCCGACGUGGAGGUCCCGGUGACCACGGAGGAGGAGCUGCUGGCCAACGCGAUCAUCACUCCGGAGGACGUACUGGGGUUACAGAAGAUCACAGAGAAUUAUCUGUGUGGACCGGAUGAAAAUGUGUUCAACAUUGACUUCACCAGGUUCAAGAUCAGAGACAUGGAGACGGGCACAGUACUGUUUGAAAUCACCAAGCCCCCGUCUACAGAGAGAGCAGGGGAGAAGACAGACAUUGACCCAAACGCCGGCCGUUUUGUCCGCUACCAGUUCACCCCGGCCUUCCUGCGACUGCGGCAAGUGGGGGCCACUGUGGAGUUUACUGUGGGGGACAUGCCGAUAGACAACUUCAGGAUGAUCGAGAGGCACUAUUUCAGAGAGAAGCUGCUAAAGAGCUUCGACUUUGAGUUUGGCUUCUGCAUGCCCAGCAGCAAGAACACCUGCGAACACAUCUACGAAUUCCCACCGCUGUCUGAGGAGAUUAUGAGGGAGAUGAUCCUGCACCCGUACGAGACCCAGUCGGACAGCUUCUACUUUGUGGACAACAAGCUGGUGAUGCACAACAAGGCGGACUACUCCUACAACGGUGGACCAUAG